AUGAGAUUCAGGUUUUUGAUCAAUCUCAACGUCAUUCAUGGAUCGUUCGUAUCAAGAAGAGCUGCAUUGUCUCCUUUUCCUUAUUCCAAUAUUCUCCAGAAAUUUUGUGCCGUCGACAAUUCUAACUCGUACGAUCGUUCCAAAUUUGGAAAUCCGAGCUUCAUGAUGCUCAGGCGAUGGCAGGGGGGGAACUCCGAUCACCAUGAGAAUCAAAACUCUGAUUCCGCAAAGGAGGGCGAGAGGACUUUCCAUCUCGGACUGGUGUCGGACAUUGGACUGGCCGCCGGGAAAGCUAUCACUGGAUACCUCACUGGAAGCACAGCAAUUAUUGCUGAUGCUGCUCAUUCAGCUUCAGACGUGGUAUUGAGCGGAGUAGCAUUGUUGUCUUAUAGAGCUGCAAGGGCUCCGAAGGAUAAAGAGCAUCCAUAUGGGCAUGGCAAGUUUGAGACCCUUGGAACGCUUGGAAUUUCUGGUGCGCUCUUGGCAACCGCUGGCGGAAUUGGUUGGCAUUCCUUAUAUGUUUUGAUGGAAAUUAUGUCUGCUGCUCCUGAGAUUGUGGAUCAAUCAUUGAGUAAUGACCAUUCACAUGAUCAACUGGAGUACCCAAUUCUGGCGUUGAGCAUGACUACAGUAUCUAUAGCUGUUAAAGAAGGGUUGUACUGGAUAACCAAGAGGGCUGGCGAGAAGACAGGCAGUGGACUCAUGAUAGCAAAUGCAUGGCAUCAUCGAGCAGAUGCAGUUUCAUCUGUGGUUGCUCUAGUUGGGGUUGGUGGAGCGAUUCUUGGUGUUAGAUUUUUUGAUCCUCUAGCUGGACUUCUAGUUGCUGGAAUGAUUUUAAAAGCUGGAAUUAAAAGUGGUUCCCAGAGCAUCACGGAAUUGGUUGACACUGCUGUUCCAUCGGAAGACCUCGAGCCUUAUAAACGCACAAUAUCCAGAGUUAAGAGAAUCAAGGGAUACAAUCACCUCUGGGGAAGGAAAGCAGGAUCGUUUAUGUAUAUUGAUGUAGACAUUGAGGUAGAUCCUUUUUCUAGUGUGAGUGCUGCUCACGAUGUCGGGGAACAUGUUCGCUAUCAACUGCAGCAAUUCCAUCCAGAAGUGGCCGAAGUCUUCUUACGCAUAGUCCCAUCCAUUUCACCUACUUUGGGAGAUUAUAUAAGCCGCCAAAGCAGUUGUCGCAAGCCAAAGAAUCUGAUCAAUAAUGUAGCAUUGGAGCAUGCAAAUCUUGAAGAAAUUAUUUCCACCAUUUUGUCGAAUAAUGUCUCUAAGGGAAUGGAAAUCCAGCGGAUAACUCACCACUCAUUGCACGGCCACAUUCUUCUUGAAGUCGAGGUCUCCAUGCACCCCGACACAUUGGUUAGAGAUGCUGUCAAGGCUGCAGAAGAAGCCGCGAAGCAUAUCUUCAAGGCAUCGCCUAAGAUCAUACACAUAUCCACUCAGCUGCAACUUGGAAGCCCAUUGCCAACUUUGUAA